GCAAAUGGGCGUGGCCUAAGCAAAGGGGGCGGUCUUAAAAUGGACGCUUAGUUGCUAGGACGCGCAGGCGCACGCGCGUCCAUUUGUCAACGUCGCUGUUAGCGGCCGGCUGGUGAACGACGACAACUUGGACUUGAGUUGAGCCGGUGGAGAAGCAGGCGGCGGCCAACGGGUGGAGGCUGAUCAUGGCGGCGUCCGGCGGCGCCACCAAGAUCUCGUGGCGACUGCAGGAGUUCGAGGCUCACGCCGGUCGCGUUUGCUGCGUGGCGUUGAGCAAAAGUACCGGCCGCCUCCUGGCCAGCGGUGGCGAAGAUUGCAGAGUCAACAUCUGGUCCGUCAGCAAGGCCAACUGCAUCAUGAGUCUGUGCGGCCACACGAAGGCGGUGGAGUGCGUCCGCUUCAACAGGUCCGAGGAGCAGCUGGUGACCGGGUCGCAGUCCGGAUCCGUACGAGUGUGGGACCUGGAGGCCGCCAAGAUGUUGCGAAUUCUGACGGGACACAAAUCCAACAUCACCAGUUUUGGUUUCCAUCCUUUUGGAGACUUUUUGGUAUCCGGCUCCACUGACACAAACAUCAAGAUGUGGGACGUGCGGCGGAAGGACCCCAUCUACAGGUACAAGGGUCACGCGGGGGCCGUCCGGAGUUUGGCCUUCAGCCCGGACGGGAAGUGGUUGGCGUCGGCCGGCGACGACUGCACCGUCAAGCUGUGGGACCUGAAGCAGGCCAAGACCAUCACGGAGUUCACGGCGCACACGGCUGCCGUCAACGCCAUCCAGUUUCACCCCAACGAGUACCUGCUGGCCUCAGGCGGCGCCGACAGGUGGGUGAGGCUGUGGGAUCUGGAGAAGUUCUGCCAGGUGGGGGCGCUGCAGGAAACGGGCGCCAUCAGGUGCGUGCUGUUCAGCGCCGACGGCGGCUGUCUGUUCGGCGGCCACGCCGACGUCCUCGGCGUUUGCGCGUGGGAGCCCGACCGCUUGCUCGACACGGUGACGGUGGGCUGGGGACGGGUCUGCGACCUCGCGCUCAGCAACCAGCAGCUGAUCGGCGCGUCUCACCAGCUGAGCAGCGUUUCGACGCACGUGGUGGACCUGAAGCGGGUCAAGACGAGCCCCGACGCCGCGCCGGUGGUCCCGGGAAGUCUGGUGACCGGGUCUCAGCCCGCCGACCCCAAAGCGGGCGCGUUACGGCGUAGCUACGAACGGCUGGCCGCCGCGUCCUCACCAUCUCCAAGCCUCCGUAUGUCAACGAGACCAAAGUCGUCCGUAUUCUGCUUUAGUACCGGAUGCGGUGGCCGUCACGACGAUGUGAUGUCGAAAGGGGAAGAGGGAAAAAUGCAGUCAGUUAUCCUCAAGCAGAGCGCCGAAGCGGAGAGGCGGAGUCCCGAAGGAGAGAGGCGGAGCCCCAGCGAGGACGAAGCGGAUGAGAAAGUUUUGUCGGCCGAAAUCCACAACGCGCAAGACUAUCGGGAAAUUUUCCAGCCCCGCAACGCCAUAUCUCGGACACCUCCCAAGAUGUCGGAGCCUUUUCCUGCGCCGCCCGAGGACGAACGGCCCGUCGGCGACGCGCCGCUUUUACCCGAGCGGCAGCCGGGCUCCCCGUCGGCGCUGCCCACUCCCGUCCAGAGGGUGGAGCCCACAGUGGUGGCCUGUGUGAAACGCGCCGCCGCCGCCGCCGCCCAGGUUCUCCCCACGAGCGAGCGGGCCCCGCUGCCGCCCCAAAUCUUUCCGAUCAGCAGGAAGGAGCCGACGGGCCUCAACGUGGCCGACUUUCUUACGGGCCGCCGUUGUGGCAUCCUGAAUGAAAGCGAGGUUUUGAAUCACAUCCACAACGGUCACGCCACCAUGUGCGUCAUGCUGAGCAACCGGCGCAAGAACCUGCAAAACGUCCGAGAUGUUUGGGCUCGCCAGGGCAUCAAGAGCGCUCUGGACGCCGCCGUCUCCAUGAACGACCUGUCCAUCGUCGUGGACGUCCUCAACAUCAUCAACUUGCAGCCGUCGCUAUGGACGCUGGACGUGUGCGCGACGAGUCUUCCUCAGAUUGAUGAACUGCUGCAAAGUAAAUAUGAAAGCUACCUGCAGUGCGGCUGCACGUCCCUGAAGAUCAUCGUGAAAUAUUUCUGGCCGCUGAUCUGGGAAACGCUGAGGGCGGGGCCCUCCUCGGUGGGCGUGGACGUCACGCGAGAGGAGCGGCAGCAGAAGUGCCGGGUGUGCUGCAAGCAUCUGCAGAACAUCAACAACGUGGUGAAGAGCAAAGCGGCGCGGGUGGGCAGGCACGGCUGCGCCUUCGGGGAGCUGCGGCUGCUCAUGGCGCCGCUCGACCGACAACCGUCCCCGUAGAAACGACGAGGACAAGCGUAUCCGGGGAUCGGAUGCUCCGGAGUCGUGAUUAGAAAGUCUCAGUGGGGGAGGGGGCAGUGUACGUCUCCCCUGACACCCGGAAUCGCUUCUCAUUGCAUUCGCAUCUUUACGUGGCGGAAAAUCCCCAUCUUGUGAUUCGGGUUAACAGUUCCCAACGUGAUCCCUUUUCAUUAACGCUCUUUGAUGAUGGCCUCAAUGCACUUUGAUGCCUUUUGGGAAUAAAAGCUUUUGAAGAGGACUUUGCACGGUGGUUG